AUGGCUUUAUGGAUUUCACCGAUAGCGAAGAAAAUUCUGCCACUUGUCCCAAUUAUAUGAGUCUUCAAUAACGAGUUCUACAAUAUCAGUAAUUUCUAAAAAGGAAGAGUAAAAGGAGAUUCUAUGUAUCCCACAUUAAAUCCCAAUUUAAAGACUUCAUCAAGCCUUAUUGAAGAUGAUUAUGUGCUGGUUGGAAGUGUUUCCCCAAGUACCAAGCUGAAAUCCUUAAAAGACAAGAUCGUUAUUUUAAAGAAUCCAUAUAAUCCUAGAGAAAGAGUUAUUAGAAAGGUUAAAUGUGUUGAAGGAGAAUGGUGUCCAUCUGGAAAUGGGUUUAUUUAUGUACAAGCUGGGCAUGCGUGGGUGACGCCAGAAAAUCCAUCACAUGUAGAUGAAAUUGGAAGCACUUCGAUUCCACUGGGACUAAUAGAAGGAGAAGUCAUAAAAGUUGUCUGGCCGAUUGAUCGCUUUGGAGCUCAAAUUUAUUCGUAA